UUUAUUAGAAUAUCUUAGAAUCUGUAUUUAGGAGCGAUGCGAACGUGGUUGAGGGCCAAGAAGAAAUUCAGAUUUAUUGAUGGGUGAUGGGGCCAAGAAGAAAUUCAUAUUUAUUGAUGGAACGAUUAAACAACCUGAUAAUGAUUCCUCUGAAUUAGAGGAUUGGUGAACUGUAAAUUCAAUGUUAGAUUUCAUGGAUGCUCAACACAAUCGAGCCAACACUGCGAUCUACCAUAACAUAUAUGGGAUUGCAUAGGAUUUAUGGGAAGAUAUCAAAGAGCCAGCAAAUCAAGGCAGAACUUGCCAACUGAAAACAGAGAGGUCUGUCGAUUGUGACUUAUUAUGGGAAAUUGAAACAACUCUAGGAAGAGCUUGCGAAUUAUAAGCAAAUUUCCAUGUGGCAUUGUGGAAAAUGCAAUUGUAAUAUUGCAGCUGAACUUGACAAGAAACGAGAACAAGAGAGGCUUCAUCAGUUUUUGAUGGGGUUGGAAGAUGCAUAAUAUGGAGUUGUUCGUUCCAAUAUUUUGAGCACAGAACCAUUACCAAACUUGAAUAAGGCAUACUCAUUGGUGUGCCAAGAAGAAUGCGUUAGAAACAUCUCACGAGGGAAGGAGGAACAUGGAGAAGUUGUGAGUUUUACAAUGCAGACUAAUACAGGAGGGCAAAAGUAUAAAAUAGAAGUGAAAGACAUAUUUGUUGUUUGCUCACACUGCAAACGAGAGGGACAUGAUUCUGAAACUUGUUUCCAGCUCAUUAGAUAUCUGGAAUGGUGGGGUGCCCGACCCAAAGGGGCUGGAGGUGGACGAGGGCGACAGAGUGCAGGGCGUGGACGUAGUAAUACACCGAAGGUGAAUACAACCCAUGUAAUUAGGCAGCCGUCAUCAUCAAUAGCAGCAACAAAAGAAAAUACAGCUUCUGGGACCUUGACAGCAGAACAAUGGUCAUUCUUUCUCAAUUUGCUGAACACGUGCAAAUCGGGUACUAGUCAGAAGAUGAAUGGACCAUACCUCGAGGAUGGUGAUUGGAGGGAUGAACAAUGCAAGGGACUUUAUUAUUUUAAGUCAGCAGUAUCAGUCAAAGCAUGCAAGACAAGUCAUGUAGAUUCCUUUAAAUUAUGGCAUGGGAGGAUGGGGCAUCCGUUUGAAAAAAUUAUGGAAUCUCUUCCUCAGGUUGAAUUUAGUAAUAGUUAAAUAAAGAAUAAACCAUGUGACAUUUGUUUGAGAGCUAAAUAAACAAGAGAAGUUUUUGUUUCUAGUGACACUAAAGAAAAUGAAAUUUUUGAAUUAAUUCAUUGUGAUUUGUGGGGA